UGCUGCCGCGCCGCUUUGCCGGCGCACUUGCAGCCCGGCGGGCACCAGGAGGCGGAGGCGGGACGGUCAGGGGUCCGGGCGCGCAGGACAGCGGCCCCGGGGCCAAAGUUUGCCAGCAGCCCCGGCAGGCCAAGCGGGUCCCACGCGCCGCUUGCUGCCCCAUCUCGCAUCCUCACCCCGGCAUCGCUGCGCCGGGGGACAGAGCUGCGGCCCGGCUAGCUCCGAGGAGGGGACGCCGCGACGGGAACUUAAGGCCCAAGAGGGAUGUGAAGCCCCAAAAUGACCCUGUUACCGGGAGACAACUCGGACUAUGACUAUAGCGCUUUAAGCUGCGCCUCCGACACCUCCUUCCACCCAGCCUUCUUCCCACAGCGCCAAGCCAUCAAGGGCGUCUUCUACCGCAGGGCCCAACGGUUGCGGCCACAGGAGGACCUGCACCAGAGCAGCUCCCUUGCGGACCGCAGGCGACAGAUCAUCAUCAACGUGGGUGGCAUCAAGUACUCACUACCUUGGACCACGCUGGAUGAGUUCCCACUGACGCGGCUGGGCCAGCUCAAGGCCUGCACCAACUUCGACGACAUCCUGAGUGUGUGUGAUGACUAUGAUGUAACUUGCAACGAGUUCUUCUUCGACCGCAACCCGGGGGCCUUUGGCACCAUCCUCACAUUCCUGCGGGCCGGCAAGCUGCGGCUGCUUCGGGAGAUGUGUGCCCUGUCCUUCCAGGAGGAGCUGCUGUACUGGGGCAUCGCGGAGGACCACCUGGACGGCUGCUGCAAGCGCCGGUACCUGCAGAAAAUCGAGGAGUUCGCAGAGAUGAUGGAGCGGGAGGAUGAGGAGGAGCCACUGGACAGCGAGGAUCAAAUCAGUGAGGGUCCGUCCGCCAGCGAGGGCCGCCUGAGCCGCUGCAUGAGGAGGCUGCGUGACAUGGUGGAGAGGCCACACUCGGGGCUGCCUGGCAAGGUGUUUGCCUGCCUGUCCGUUCUGUUUGUCACCGUCACCGCCGUCAACCUGUCGGUCAGCACCCUGCCCAGCCUGCGCGAGGAGGAGGAACAGGGCCAGUGUUCCCAGAUGUGCCACAACGUCUUCAUCGUAGAGUCGGUGUGCGUGGGCUGGUUCUCCCUGGAAUUCCUGCUGCGCUUCAUCCAGGCACCCAGCAAGUUCGCCUUCCUGCGGAGUCCGCUGACCCUCAUCGACCUGGUGGCCAUCCUGCCUUACUACGUCACACUGCUCGUGGAUGGCGCUGCCUCCAGCCGCCGCAAGCCAAGCACCGGCAACAGCUACCUGGACAAGGUUGGGCUGGUGCUGCGCGUGCUGCGGGCGCUGCGCAUCCUCUAUGUGAUGCGGCUGGCCCGACAUUCACUGGGGCUGCAGACACUGGGCCUCACGGCACGGCGCUGUACGCGUGAAUUCGGGCUUCUGCUGCUUUUCCUGUGUGUGGCCAUCGCCCUCUUUGCCCCACUGCUCUACGUCAUCGAGAAUGAGAUGGCAGACAGCCCCGAAUUCACCAGCAUCCCCGCCUGCUACUGGUGGGCUGUCAUCACCAUGACAACCGUGGGCUACGGAGACAUGGUACCCCGGAGCACGCCUGGCCAGGUGGUGGCUCUGAGCAGCAUCCUCAGCGGGAUCCUCCUCAUGGCCUUCCCGGUCACCUCCAUCUUCCAUACGUUCUCCCGCUCUUACCUGGAGCUCAAGCAGGAACAAGAACGGGUGCUGAUCCGCCGGGCUCAGUACCUCAUCAAAACCAAGUCACAGCUCAGUGGCAUGUCCCAGGACAGUGACAUCUUGUUUGGAAGUGCCUCUUCAGACACUAGGGACAACAACUGAGGCUAGAAGACACCCCUGCCCUGCCUGCCAGCUUCGGCUUCAUGCAACCACCGCCACUGGAGCCUGGAAAAGGACUUAGUGCUUUCAAGUCCAGUCCCGGCCCGGGACUGACCUGAGCGAGCCACGGCACAGAAAGGAUAUGUAUGCGCCACAUCACCGAGAGUCCCUGCCCUCCCUCUAAGCCCAGAAGUUAUAGGGAAGCUAGCUGGGGCCAGUGCCUCGCCCACCCUGGCCUCACAACUGAUUCUCUCCCUAAGAAGCUGACUGGCCCCUCCCACCACGUAAAGAACAGGCCCAGCUACACGUGCAGAAACGGAGGGACUGCCUGGAGGAAAAUAGACAGCGGGCAGCCACACGGGACUUUAGUACGUGUCCACAGAAGCAAGAAAGAGCCUGCUCUUGGGACUUUCAAGGAAGGAGCUGUGUGUCUUAGUGAAAGGACCACGUUGCCGGGGUCUCUGGGCUGGUGCGACACUGGCAGGAUGGGAGAGAAGCAGACAGACAGACCUUUAGGGAGCCCACCACGGAUGCUGUGUUCCCUGUGUUCCGGCUCGGGCUCCUCCCGCUCCUGACUCCCGAGCUCGUCCUUCAUCCUUCUUCCUGCUUACACCCCAACAUCCUCCUUUACCCCAGGACUCUCUUUUCAGACUCCACUCAUCCCAGUGGGGGUGGGGAUACCAACAAGCCGGUCAUCUCUGCUGACCUCAAAGGUGAAAUCGCUUCAUUCUGUGGUUUAAAAUUAGUGAGAUUUUAGCCUACUCCAAUUUACUUUAAUACUACCAAAAAGAGGGGGGACUCUAUACCCCUUACCUGAGCCUCAGUCUAAACCCACCAUGGACCGGCACUUCUGGCAGGGGCGGUCCCCAGGAAGUCUGGGAAGUGUGAGGGAACCUCCUCAAAAGAAGCCACUCUCUCCCUGGCCUCAAGAAACAUAGUUAGUGUGCCAACCUAGAAGAUUCCUGAGUCCUGGAAUACUGAGUCCUGGGUACCUGGCACUAAGGAGACAUUGCGUACACACAUACACACACACUCAUGCGCAGACAUGUGCAAUACACACAUACAUAUACACUCACACACAGACAUGUGGCAUUCACACACAGACAUGUGACAUACACACAUUGUACAUACACACUCAUGCACAGAUAGGCAUAUGCCCACAUACAUGUGUACAUACACACACACAUUCACGCACUGAUACGCACAUGCACACACACUUGCGUACAUACACACAUACAUGCCUGCCCGAAGCUGCACGGGUGCAACCGCUUUACUUUACUGCUUCCUCCCACAUCCCAGCUGCCUUCUAAUCUGUCCAGCAGCAGAAAUCGGGCUUUGGGACGUGUCUGAGCCUGAUUGCGGGCUGUGCAGCCCAAACUCCUGCCUGCUGCCACAGUCUCCGCACCUUCCAGCAGCCCCUCCUACCCUCCUCAGACACACCCAGCCUACCCCACCUUUUUGUGGGCCUUCACGCCUGCAGAGCCGACCGCUGGGCCACCCGCCAGGCUGCCUCGCUGUCCUGAGCACCCAGACCUGCAGCUUCUCCGUUUUCUCCAUUCCCUGCUGAACCCUCACUGAGUGAAAGUGCUUUUGCCAUUUCUCCACUCCAGAGCUCUGCUCUGUCUCCAGCAGGACCAGUCCUGUAUUCUGGCAGGAACUCUAAAGUGGUUCCCUGCUGUCUCCCAGGGCCUCGGUCAGGGUCAUCACCUAAGAGGAGCUCAGAAAACACUUAUUUAAAAGAGAAGAAAGGGGAACCAGCCUAAAGGAACAGAGAUGGAAAACGUGUCCAUUACAGCUUAGAUCCAAAUGUCCCCAGCUGUCUAGAGCCAUACCACCCCAAAUGUGCCUGAUCUCAAAGACUGAUUCCCAAGCAGCAGUGUUCAGAGGUGGGACUUCUGGUAAUGGGACCACAACCCUGACCCCAUCAAUGGAUCAACCCAUGAUAAAUUCACAGCUUCAAUGGCCGCUGGAAAGUAGUAGGAACAUAGAGGGGGUGGGACCAUGUUGGAGAAGUCUAUUAAGAGGGACGCGCCCUUGAAGGGUUUAUUGCCCGGGAUAACUUCCUCAUGCUUCCUCUCUGCUUCCUGGCUGCAGGGAGGGAAGCAGGUGAGUUCCAACAAGCCGACCUUCCUGGGAGGCUGCACCUUAAAGUGGGCCAGAAACGAUGGAACCAAGGGACCAUGGUGAAACCAGAAACCAAAAUAAACCUUCCCUCCUUCAAGCUGCUA